AUGGCCUCUGUGACCAACGGUACCCUAAGCUUUGGUGACAACUACGCAGUCCUCAAUUUGGACUGGAUGUCGGUGCUGAUCAACGCUGCCAAGGAUACCCAUGAAGGUCAGGCCAUGAUUAAGAACUGCUCUAAGUGGAAUGAUGCAGUGCACCAGAAAUCUCCUCGUCCCCUUACUGUUUUCUCCACCCUCUCCUUCAAUCCUGGCCAGCCUGAGGUUCAGCCUAAUUCACCAUUUGCCAAUUUGAUUGUUCCCUAUGGCGAGUUCAGAAACGGCUCCCCUGAAGUGCAAAUCGAUGGGCAUUUCAAGGUUGAUGAGGAGGACGUUGUGCUUCAAAAGACCAGAUGGUCCGCUACGAUGGGCAAUGCCUUGGAGCAAAUUUUGAAGGCGCGCAAUAUCAAGACAGUUAUUAUAUCCGGCCUGACUCUCUCUGGUGUUGUGAUGUCCACUAUCUACCGGCUGUUUGACUUGGACUAUAACAUUUACGUCAUCAGGGAUAAUGUCUUGGAGUUGCCAGUUGAUCAAACUCCUGCAUUCUCUGAGGUUAUGCUCGAAAUGCUUUUGCCUAAGAUGAAUAUCAAGGUUGUUUCUAUUGAGGAGGCUCUCGGGGCGCUAGAGCAUUCUUAG